AUGGACGUAGGAAUUGAGAAACUUCACAAAAACAACUUGCUUGCCGAAAAGGUCCUUGUUGCACACAGCGGCAAGCUGCGUGCGCGACAGACGGCGGAAGCCGUCAUGAAGGCCUUGCUGGCGACCGGUUUUGAGGCUUCAUGUGAAGAACGGGUUGGGCUGAGCCCGAAUGAUGAGCCGGCGUCAUCUUUGGAGCUCCUAGAGUGCGGUCCGACAAAGGUGCUCGUGGGCCAUCUCCCUCACAUGGGAAAGCUUGCCGCGGCGAUGAUCAAGUCGCCUGCGGCUGCUGGGAGACUUGGUGGACUUUUCCAUCCUGCAGGCGGCUUAGCGCUUCGCCGCGAGAAUGCGGACUGGGUCGAGGCCGCCGAAGUGGUUUGCGGCGAGCCAUGGUGGAAUAAAGCAGAUGCCUGA